CCCAAACGGAACCCUCUUCUCCCUCGCCGUGUAUUCAUUCCCACUCGGACCACCACCCGCCCCCAAAAAAGUCGGGUGCGUACCCGGCCGGCUCGUCGCCCGGAUUCCCGCGACGGAGCCAUGACGCGCGCCCUCGCUCUCGCCCUCGGUUGCGCGCCCUCGCCGCGACGACGUGCGAGCGCGAGCGAGUGAAGCUCGCCGCGCGCGCGCACGUCGACGCCCCCGCGUAGCGUCGCGUCCCAUCCCGUGCAGGUGCGUCCAGAUGCAGAAGAGCGUGCGCUACAACGAGGGCCACGCGCUGCACCUGGCCUUGGCCGCGCGCAAGGAGGGUGCGAAGCGCGGCCUGGUCGGCAAGCGCAGCUCGGAGAACGUCCGCUGGACGGACAAGUUCUUCGCGCUCUACCAGAAUCUUCUCUUCUACUUCGACAACGAGCAGAGCGCGCGGCCGUCCGGCAUGUACCUGCUGGAGGGAUGCACGUGCGAGCGCGCCCCAGCCCCCAAAGUGGCCUCGGUCGGCGGCAGCAGGGACGCCCCCGAGAAGAUGCAGUACUACUUCCUGGUGAUGUUCGGCCAUGAUGGGCAAAAGCCUCUGGAGCUUCGCACUGAAGAGGAAGCCGACUGCAACGAAUGGGUGGACUGCAUACAACAGGCUAGCUACUCGGACCUGAUCUUGGAGCGGGAGAUCCUCAUGCAGAAGUACAUCCACCUGGUCCAGAUCAUGGAGACCGAGAAGAUCGCAGCCAAUCAGCUACGCACGCAACUGGAGGACCAGGACACCGAGAUCGAGAGGCUAAAGGCUGAGAUCGUGCUGCUCAACAGGACCAAAGACCGCAUGCAGCCGAACCAGAACACCCUGGACGAGGAGGACCCCGACAUCAAAAAGAUCAAGAAGGUGCAGAGCUUCAUGCGCGGUUGGCUAUGCCGGAGGAAGUGGAAGCUGAUUGUUCAGGACUACAUCUGCUCGCCACACGCCGAAAGCAUGCGCAAGCGCAACCACAUCGUCUUCAACAUGGUGGAGGCCGAGACGGAGUACGUCAACCAGCUGUCCGUCCUGGUCAACUGCUUCCUGCGUCCGCUGCGCAUGGCCGCCAGCUCCAAGAAGCCGCCCGUCAGCCACCACGACGUCAGCAGCAUCUUCCUCAACAGCGAGACCAUCAUGUUCCUGCACCAGAUCUUCCAUCAGGGCCUGAACGCUCGCAUGGCCAACUGGCCUACGCUGGUCCUGGCGGACCUGUUCGACAUCCUCCUUCCGAUGCUGAACAUCUACCAGGAGUUUGUGCGCAACCACCAGUACAGCCUUAAUGUUCUAGCCAACUGCAAGCAGAACCGAGACUUCGACAAGCUGCUCAAGCAAUACGAGGCCAACGCCGCGUGCGAGGGACGCAUGCUGGAGACCUUCCUCACCUACCCCAUGUUUCAGAUUCCUCGUUACAUCAUCACCCUCCACGAGUUGCUCGCGCACACGCCGCACGAACACGUGGAGAGAAAUAGUUUACACUUCGCCAAGUCCAAACUGGAAGAGCUCUCAAAGAUGAUGCACGACGAGGUGAGCGACACGGAGAACAUCCGCAAGAACCUGGCCAUCGAGAGGAUGAUCGUGGAGGGCUGCGACAUCCUGCUGGACACCAGUCAGACUUUCGUUCGACAGGGUUCACUCAUCCAGCUACCGUCCAGUAGCGAGCGCGGGAUGCUGAGUAAAGUGCGUCUGGGCUCGCUAUCGCUGCGCAAGGAAGGCGAGCGCCAGUGCUUUCUGUUCACCAAACACUUCCUCAUCUGCACCAGAACGUCCGGAGGGAAGCUGCACUUGCUGAAGCAAGGAGGCACGUUGUCGCUGAUGGAAUGCACGCUGAUCGAGGAACUGGACGCCGGCGACGAGGACUACAACGCGGCAGGUCAAGGCUUCAGCCAUUUGGAGUUCAAAAUGGUGGUGGAGCCUCCCGACGGGCAGACGUUUUCCGUGGUCCUGCUCGCUCCCUCGCGCCAGGAGAAGGCGGCCUGGACCAGCGACAUCAGCCAGUGCAUCGAUAACAUCCGCUGCAACGGGUUGAUGACCAGCGUCUUUGAGGAAAACUCCAAAGUUUCUGUGCCGCACAUGAUUAAGUCGGACGCCCGCCUGCACAAGGACGACGUGGACAUCUGCUUCAGCAAGACGCUCAACUCGUGCAAAGUGCCGCAGAUCCGCUACGCCAGCGUGGAGCGGCUGCUGGAGCGCCUGACCGACCUGCGCUUCCUCUCCAUCGACUUCCUCAACACCUUCCUGCACACCUACAGGAUUUUCACCACGGCCGCCGUCGUCAUCCGCAAGCUGGCGCACAUCUACCGCCAGCCCUUCACCUCCAUCCCCGUCAGGAUCGAGCAGCACUCGUGCGACCGUCUGUCCAUCAUGUCUCUGUGUCCCGACUACACUCUGAAGAUCACCCAGCUGGCUCUGGAUCAGUCCAAGUCUCUGGAGCUUUUCUUCGCCACCAACCAGGGCUCAUGGGGCAUGGAACCCCUGAACAACAAAUCCCCGCGCCUGUGUCGCAAGUUCUCAUCCCCGCCGCCUUUGUCCCUCCCGUCUCGCACUUCCUCGCCCGUCCACGCACGCAAAUUGUCCCUCAGCUCGCCAGUGGGGCCCAAAGUCUUGGACCUCUCCUCCACGCCGUCGUCCUCGGCCGCCAGCUCCCCAACCUCGGCACACGGCCCGGGCCUGUUCACUUCGUCAUCGCCUCCCCCCCACACCGCCGCACCCUGCAGGACGCUGUUUGGCUUCUCGUCGUCGCCGCCGCCCACCGUUACCAAGGCCCCGUUGGAUCUCAGUCGAGGUCCCAGUUCGCCCGAGCUCAGCCCAGGUGGCGAGGACGUCGUCAGCGGCGAUCUGCCUCGCAUUGACGCCUUCUGCGGGAAACUGAGGAGAAGCAUCCGCAGAGCCGUACUGGAGUCCGUGUCUCUGGACAAAUUUAUUCCGGAAUUUCCCGCCGCCGCCGGCACCAACAGCAACGAGUCCGGCGACGUGUCCCCGUGUCGCUCGCCGUCCACGCCGCGACACUUGCGCUACCGCCCGGCAGGAGGGUCUUCAUCCGAGAACGCUCGGUGUGCUGUGUCGCCUGCGUCUGCUUUCGCCAUCGCCACCGCCGCCGCCGGUCACGGCAGCUCCCAGGCGUUGGGCACCUCGGAGAAGUCCUGCGACAAAGAGUUCAUCAUCCGCAGAGCCGCCACCAACCGAGUUCUUAAUGUGCUGCGACAUUGGGUCUCCAAACACUCUCAGGACUUUGAGAGCAACAGCGAACUGAAGGUGGGCGUGGUCAGCCUCCUGGAGGAAGUCCUGCGGGAUCCGGACCUUCUGCCUCAGGAGAGGAAAGCCACCAGCAAUAUUCUCAGCGCUCUUUGUCAAGAAGAGCAAGACAACCCUCAGCUCAAGAUUGAAGACAUUCUGCAAAUGAAAAGUUGUCCACUUCUUCACUUCAUUGUGGCGGAGGGACCUAAGGCAGAGUGUUUAGAGUCCUUGUCUGCGAUGGAGCUGGCCGAGCAGAUCACGCUACUGGACCACAUCGUUUUCAGGAGCAUUCCUUAUGAGGAGUUCCUUGGCCAAGGCUGGAUGAAGGUGGACAAGACGGAGAAGACUCCUUAUAUCAUGAAAACCAGCCAGCACUUUAACAAUAUGAGCAACCUGGUGGCGUCGCAGAUCAUGACGCAUGGCGACGUAGCCUCCCGGGCGGGUGCCAUCGAGAAGUGGUUGGCGGUGGCGGACAUCUGCCGCUGCCUCAACAACUACAACGGCGUCCUGGAGAUCACCUCGGCGCUCAACCGCAGCGCCGUCUUCCGCCUCAAGAAGACGUGGGCCAAAGUCUGCAAGCAGACAAAGGCGCUGAUGGAUCGUCUGCAGAGGACGGUCUCGUCUGAAGGACGCUUCAAGAACCUCCGAGAAACGCUGAAAAACUGUAACCCGCCGUGCGUGCCCUACCUUGGCAUGUACCUUACCGACCUGGCUUUCAUCGAGGAGGGGACGCCCAACUUCACCGAGGAAGGCCUGGUUAACUUCUCCAAGAUGAGGAUGAUCUGUCACAUCAUCCGAGAGAUCCGGCAGUUCCAGCAAGCUCCUUACAGGAUUGAGCACCAGGCCAAGGUGACUCACUUCCUGCUGGACAAGACGCAAGUGAUGGAUGAAGAUGCGCUGUACGAGCUUUCGCUGAAGAUUGAGCCGCGCUUACCGCCGAGCUAAGCUAACACUAAGCGGCUCGCCUCCGACCGUUUCCUAUGCUAGCUUGUUAGCACAAGCAGAAGACAGGCUAAUCCCCGCUAAUUUGGAUCAGGUGAGGCUUUCGUGUCCUGUUGCUUAGCAACCAGUGCCUCUGAUUUCCUUCCAUCAAUGCAAAAAAAAAUAAAUGGUUCGGAUCGUGUAUGAACGGACCGAUCCAGUUCUACUGGUUAACAUGGUGACAUCAGUUCAGGUGUGGGAUGUCUUUAGCCGUUCAGGCUCGCUGGCUAGCAUGUUAGCGUGAGUGUCACACUGUAAGGAUCUACUGGAUCACAGUGUAACAUCAAUUUCUGGAUGCAGCGGAUCCGCUGGAUCGUGUUCUGACAUUACUUUCUGCACGGAGUGUAUUCUUAAUCCAUGUCACUUCCUGUUUUCCGUGAAUCCAUUGGAUCAGUCUUGAAUCCAGUUCAGAGCACUGUGAAACUUUCCAUAAGGUUUGGGUCCACUAAAGUUCACUGUGACCUCACGUUUUGUAUCCAGUGGAUCCACUUUACCAUACUGUGAUGUCACUUCCUGUAUGAAGUGGCUCUCGAUAUAUGACAAUGUGACGUCACUUCGUGACGUGAAAUCUCUUCCUGUACGGGAGUGGAUCCACGGGAUCAUAUUUUGAAAUCACUUUCCUGAAAAGUGGAAGCACUAGAUCACACUGUGACAUCACUUCCUGUACGUCGAUGCAACACGCUUAUUUCAAGUGUGUGUUUUGUUCGCGGCAAGUUCGUUAGCUGCUCUUUUGUAUACAAACCUUUGAACAAUGGACAAGUUUGCUCUUUUUUUAAAAAAGAGAAUUGACCUAAAAAUGUUUUUUUUUUGUUUUUUUUUUUACAUAAAAAAACAAUCAGACAUGAUGUUCCAACAGUAUUAUUAUUUAUUAUUAGUCAUAUUUGAAAGUUAGCUCUGUGUUAUAUUUAGUUUUCUCUUCUGGGGUGUCUUUGUUGAGAUUAACACCUUUGCACUAUGUUGUCAUUUGAUCUCCCUGUGGUUUGACUGUGAGAAAUUAUUUCUUGUUGAUACUUAUGGUAUUUAUUUAGGUUUUUAUUUCUUAUUAGCGCCUCAUAUGUUUUUGGACUGUUUUUUUUUGUUUUGUUUUGUUUUCCAUUCAAACUGCGCCAAUAAAAGUCCUGGUAAAUGUG